AUGAGGGACCGCCGGCCCCGGCCGCCCGGCCCGGCGCUGCUCUGCGGGCUGCCGGCCGCUGUGGUGGCGGAGGGCGGCCGUGCUCUGCCUCCGCUCAGCGACGAUGUCCCCUUCAGGGUGAACUGGCCCGGCACUGACCUUCAGCCUGGUCGGUUGUUUUCUCAGCCUACAACUGGUGUCCUGUACAAAGAGGAUAACUACAUUAUAAUGACCACUGUGGACAAGGAGAAGUACAAAUGCCUGCUUCCGCUGAUAGCAAGUGGCAAUGAGGAGGAAGAAAAAAACUAUAAAGGUCCUACAGGAAGAUUACGGGAACCACUUUUUAAGCAAAGUAGCUGUUCAUACAGGAUUGAAUCUUACUGGACAUAUGAAGUCUGCCAUGAACACAUCCGCCAGUACCACGGAGAAGGAAACAGGACAGAAGAUAAACCUCCAAGAAUACUAUCUGGGGAAUAUGAUGAUGAAGAGCCAUUAUCAGAACCAGAUCAAGAAGAGAAGGAAAACCCCAAAGAGAGUGCAAAAGAGAUACCUACCAAAAACAUAGAAGGGCAAAUGACCCCAUACUACCCUGUAGAAAUGGGAAAUGGCACACCUUGUAGCCUGAGACAAAACCUGCCCAGGUCAAGCACAGUGAUGUACAUCUGUCACCCAGAAGCUAAACAUGAGAUCCUUUCAGUAGCAGAAGUUACCACCUGUGAAUAUGAAGUGGUUAUAUUGACACCUCUGCUCUGCAACCAUCCAAAAUACAGGUUCAGGGCCUCUCCUGUGAAUGACAUCUUCUGCCAGUCUCUGCCAGGAUCCCCACUUAAGCCCCAUAACCUGGAACAGCUGGAGAAGCAGCAAGAAAUGAUGAAGAUGCCCUUUAGAAAGGUUAAGGAGGAGGAAAUGCAGUCAACGAAAGAAGAGAAAUUUUCUUCCAUUCACAAGCCUGUUGCUGUUGGAAGCCAUCAACUGUUAACUGUGGGAACAACCCACAUCUCCAAACUGACUGAUGAGCAGCUUAUAAAGGAAUUUCUUAGUGGUUCUUACUGCUUCCAUGGGGGUGUUGGCUGGUGGAAGUACGAAUUCUGCUACGGCAAAUACGUUCAUCAGUAUCAUGAGGACAAGGAAACUGGCAAGACUUCUGUGGUGGUGGGUAUGAACAAGGAGGAACACAUUGAGUGGGCCAGGAAGAACGCUGCUAGAACAUAUCACCCGGAAGAUGGCACGCAGACAGUUCGGAUGGUGUCUCAUUUCUAUGGAAAUGGAGAUGUUUGUGACUUGACAGACAAGCCAAGGCAGGUGACUGUGAAAUUGAAAUGUAAAGAAUCCGUCCCUCACGCUGUGACCAUAUACAUGUUAGAGCCUCAUUCUUGCCAAUACAUCCUUGGGGUGGAGUCUCCCGUCAUCUGUAAGAUCCUGGACACAGCAGACGAGCACGGGCUCCUCUCGGUGCCCAGCUGAGGAGCCAGAGCCCCUGCACAAGCCAUACCCAUCACCAAGGCCACCGGCUGCUCCACCUUCACAUCCCCCUGUGAGACAGUGCCAGGCAAGAGCAGCUUCAGCCUCACCAGCAGAACCCUGGCAGAGGAGGGACUCACGAACCACUUGUGUAUAACUAUGUGUAUAUAAGAGGUUAUUGAUAACUUUUAAUGAUUAAAACCUUGUCUUGCACUUCCUCUUUGA